GGCCGUCGCGGCGGGUGUCAGUGAGACCCAAGGGACGAAAGGCCGGGCCGUCGACGUGGCGAUGGCACCUCCCUCCGUCGUCGACGCGAAGUCAAAAGUUGCGCGAAUCAGAGACGAUCAUGAUGUUGACUCAGGCAGCUGUGCCUGCGCCGAUGAAGAUGGAUGAAGUGGCGGCACGACCGACUGCGUCUCUCCUGCCGACGGACAAGCCAGCAGACGCACCCGAAGCCUGUCCCGGCACAGAGUCUGAAUCUGCCGGCAAAGCUUCAGCAUGCGACGGAUGUCCCAAUCAGAAUAUCUGCGCUACCAACACGAACAAAGGACCCGAUGUCGAUUUGCCACUCAUCAAAGACCGCAUGAGCUCUGUCAAACGGAAGAUCCUCGUUCUGAGCGGCAAAGGAGGUGUGGGCAAGAGCACGUUCACCACCGGACUUGCCUGGGCGCUCGCAGCAGACGAAACCGUCCAAACCGGCAUGAUGGAUAUCGACAUCUGCGGUCCUAGUCUGCCACUGAUGCUAGGGCUGCAAGAUGCUCGACUGCAUGCUACCUCAUCAGGCUGGUCGCCACUCUACGUGCUCGACAACCUUUGCGUCAUGUCGAUCGGCUUCAUGCUGCCUUCCUCGAGCGAUGCAGUCAUCUGGCGGGGGCCCAAGAAGAAUGGUCUCAUCAAGCAAUUCCUCAAAGAUGUAGACUGGGGAGAGUUGGACUACUUGCUCGUCGAUACUCCACCGGGCACAUCGGACGAGCAUCUCUCCAUCGUUCAGUAUCUCAAAGAGUCAGGCAUAGACGGUGCAGUCAUCGUGACAACACCCCAAGAAGUAGCGCUGCAAGACGUGAGAAAGGAGAUCGAUUUCUGCCGAAAGGUCGGCAUCAAUAUCCUCGGCAUCGUCGAAAACAUGUCUGGCUUUGUCUGCCCGAGCUGUCACGGACAAUCCGAUAUCUUCAUUCCCAGCACAGGCGGUGCAGACAAGCUCGCAAAGGACAUGGAUCUUCGCUUGCUCGGUAAAGUGCCCCUUGAUCCUCGAAUCGGCAAAUGCUGCGAUUUCGGCAAGAGCUUCUUAGACGAAUAUCCCGAAUCUCCUGCAACGCAGGCUUAUCUUGACAUUGUCGACAACAUACAUGCCAUACUUGACACUCAAGUCUAGUCUAGGCUCGUAUGAGCUUGACGAGCCGAUGAAGAGACGCGCUGCGGAUCUCGAA